AAGUAUUCACUUCCGGGUCGACCACAUCGGAAGAUUCUAUUUACUUGCGUUUGUGACAGUGGUGACUUUGACAGUAGCGACUAUCAGAAGCUGCUUGUUCAUUUCUUGAUGAAGGAUGUCGGCCAAAGCUAUUUAUGAAGCCAAAGGAAAGGAACUCCUAAACAAGUUCCUUAAGGACACAGCUGUAGGUAACCGCGUUGCUACGGUAACAGAGGAUGUCACAUGGAGCACACUGACUCAAGAGCAUCCCUGGCUAUUGACAGAGAAACUUGUCGUAAAGCCAGACCAGCUGAUUAAACGGCGCGGGAAGCUGGGACUGAUAAAAGCAGGCACCGACCUAGACGGUGCCAAGGAAUGGCUUAGUCACAAACUAGGCAAGGACUUCCAGAUUGGAGCUGCGCAGGGAAAGCUGAGGAACUUUGUCAUUGAACCAUUUGUCACACACACACAGGAUGAAGAGUUCUACGUGUGUAUAUAUUCCCACAGACACGCGGACAGUAUUCUGUUCCACCACGAGGGUGGUGUGGACAUUGGCGACGUUGAUGCCAAGGCAGUCAAACUUGACGUACCGGUCGGGGAGGAUUUGACAGCGGAUGCCAUUACUUCCACACUGCUUGUAAACGUUCCUGCUGCAGCACACAGUGUGCUGACAACAUUUUUACUGGCUCUGUAUGAGGCCUUUAAGGACCUACACUUCACCUACCUGGAGAUCAACCCACUCGUGUUUACGGGAGGAAAGCUCUACAUACUGGACCUUGCAGCCAAGAUCGACCAGUGUGCUGAGUACCUAUGUAAGGCUAAGUGGGGAGAAAUGACCUUCCCUCCACCCUUUGGUAGGGACGCACUUCCUGAGGAAGCAUAUAUUGCGGAUCUUGAUGCAAAGAGUGGUGCCUCUCUCAAGCUGACCAUCCUAAACAAGAAGGGUCGGAUCUGGACAAUGGUGGCAGGGGGCGGAGCCUCCGUCAUAUUUGCGGAUACCAUCUGCGACUUGGGAGGAGCUCCCGAGCUAGCCAACUACGGCGAGUAUUCUGGAGCACCCAGCGAACAACAGACGUACGAAUACGCCAAGACCAUCCUUAGUCUGAUGACACAAGAUACCCACCCCGAUGGUAAGAUCCUGAUUGUUGGAGGAGGAAUUGCUAACUUCACCAACGUCGCUGCCACAUUUAAGGGUAUUGUGAGAGCGUUACGUGAGUUCCAACAACAGUUAAUCGAAACAAAGACCAGCAUCUAUGUGAGGAGAGCAGGGCCCAACUACCAGGAGGGGCUGAGGAUCAUGAGGGAAUUAGGUAACACACUUGGAGUAUCAAUCCACGUUUUUGGACCGGAGACUCACAUGACCUCCAUCGUCAGUAUGGCACUGGGCAAGCGAGAGAUCCCAGACAACCCGAAACCCAUGCAGACAACGGCUAACUUCCUUCUACCUACUGGCGGGUCCAUAGUCUCAUUAUCCUUACAGUCUCCGUCCAGCAGUCGGAGAAGUUCUAUGGUGGAAGGUAAAUCACCAUCAAAGUCGGCCGACUCUAAGAGCAACAUGACCCAGAGGUCAACCUCGCAGGGUAAUACAGGGCCCUUGUUUACUAACAAGACAAAGGCCAUUGUGUGGGGCAUGCAGCAGCGUGCUGUUCAAGGCAUGCUGGACUUCGACUAUGUCUGCUCGCGCAAGGAGCCGUCCGUGGUUGCCAUGAUAUACCCCUUCACUGGGGACCACAAACAGAAGUUUUACUGGGGACACAAGGAGAUCCUUGUACCAGUGUACAAGAGUAUGGCUGAUGCCAUGGCAAAGCACCCAGAGGCUGAUGUAAUGGUCAGCUUCGCAUCUCUUAGAUCUGCCUAUGAGAGCAACAUGGAAACUCUCAACUUCCCUCAGAUUCGAACCAUUGCCAUCAUAGCGGAGGGAAUUCCAGAAAAUCUGACAAGGAACCUGGCGAAAAAAGCCACCGAGAAAGGCGUGUCCAUCAUUGGUCCAGCUACAGUUGGUGGCGUUAAGCCCGGAUGUUUUAAGAUUGGUAACACAGGAGGUAUGCUGGACAACAUUCUGGCCUCAAAACUUUACAGGCCAGGCAGCGUGGCAUACGUCUCCAGAUCUGGUGGAAUGUCCAACGAACUCAACAAUAUCAUGGCACUCAACACAAACGGCGUGUAUGAGGGGGUAGCUAUAGGGGGAGACAGAUAUCCGGGAACAACAUUCAUGGACCAUAUCUUACGAUAUCAGGACGACCCUGAAGUUAAAAUGAUUGUCCUUCUGGGAGAGGUCGGUGGAACAGAGGAGUAUCACAUGAUUAACGCUAUGAAGGAUGGCCGCGUCAACAAGCCUGUGGUUGCCUGGUGUAUUGGUACCUGUGCUAAGAUGUUUACAUCAGAAGUCCAGUUUGGCCAUGCUGGAGCAUGCGCUAAUGCCGAGGCCGAGACAGCCGACGCUAAGAACAAAGCCCUGAAGGAUGUGGGAGCAUUCGUACCUCGCAGUUUUGACGAGCUUGGAACUGUCAUCCAGGAAGUGUAUGACAGUCUUGUUGAGGAUGGAAUCAUCACACCACAGCCCGAACAGGCUCCUCCCACUGUCCCUAUGGACUUUACAUGGGCCAGGGAGCUUGGUCUGAUCAGGAAACCAGCUUCCUUCAUGACGAGUAUCUGUGACGAACGAGGCCAGGAGCUGUUGUAUGCUGGGAUACCUAUCACCGACAUCUUUAAGGAGGACAUGGGUAUAGGAGGGGUCCUCAGUCUUCUCUGGUUCCAGCGAAGACUGCCCAAGUAUGCGACAAAGUUUAUUGAGAUGUGCCUGAUGGUGACUGCUGACCACGGUCCAGCUGUGUCCGGAGCCCACAACACCAUUGUGUGUGCCAGGGCAGGCAAAGAUCUUGUGUCCUGUCUAGCCUCUGGACUGCUGACCAUUGGAGACAGAUUUGGCGGUGCUUUGGAUGCGGCAGCUAAACAGUUCAGCGACGCCUACGUCAGUAAAAUGAUUCCUAUGGAAUUCGUCAACUCAAUGAGAAAGGAGGGAAAACUCAUCAUGGGCAUAGGUCACAGGGUCAAAUCGAUAAACAACCCGGACAUGCGUGUCGUGAUCCUGAAGGAUUACGCCAAGAAGAACUUCCCGGUCACGCCUCUUCUAGACUACGCCAUCGAGGUGGAGAAAAUCACAACAUCAAAGAAACCUAACCUCAUCCUGAAUGUAGACGGCUUCAUUGGGGUAGCGUUCGUAGACUUACUGACAAACUGUGGAUGUUUCACUAGUGAGGAAGCCAGAGAGUUUGUAGAUAUCGGGGCCCUGAAUGGACUGUUCGUGUUAGGGCGCAGCAUGGGAUUUAUUGGUCACUUCCUGGACCAGAAACGAUUGAAGCAAGGUCUAUACCGCCAUCCCUGGGACGAUAUCUCCUACAUCAUGCCGGAGACUAUGGGACUGAUGGGUGAUCGCACAGAAAACGUGUAACGAACCAACAACGAAUAACAGAAAAUACGCAACAUUCUGUUCAGCAAAAGAUGUGGAAGGAAACUCUCUCUGACAACAUCAAGUUACAGACAAACUGUACUUCAUGAUACAGGACUACUUGGUUGUGUACACCAGUGUUUAGCUACAAUGGAACAAUCACUCAAAUGGAGGAUUUCUGUUAGAGAAUCACAAGGGGCUGUACCCCUAUAAUGUUUAAGGAUCAUGGGAAAGAUUUACAUAAAUCACAGUCACCUUUUAGCACAAUUUCCUUUGUUUAUAAUAACACAAUUCAGUGCACAUUUAUUCACUUAAAAUGAUUUUAGAUUUUUGAGAUAGAUAUUAAAAUUCAGUGUUGUUAUAAUUUAGCAUUUCAACAACCACAGGAAAGAGCACUUGAAAAAAAAAUCUAAAAUGAUACUAAAGAGUUUAUAUGCUGCUAGUAAGAUUUUGUGUUGAAAAUAAUUGGAUCUAGGAAAAUGACUUUAAAGAUUCUGUGCUAAAAGCAUUUUGUUGGGAUAUUUAAUUACAAUAUUAUCAUUGUUGGGUUUGGUUACACUCUGUUUUCUAAAAACGGUUAUGAAUAAUGUGGGAGACGUAUAUUGUGAUUGUUAAUGCUGUUGAUGACUGGUACCCAGAUUGUAAUAUUAAUUUGUGGUAUCAUAAAUUGUAUUAUGCUAAGUGUUUAGUUGGACCAUUAGAAAAUAGUUACUGACCAUGUGACCUGUCUUGUUAUAAACAUGGUGUAAAACUGGUGUAAAAGUGUGUGUGUUAUUGUUAAUGUUACCUAGGCAACUAACCUCUGUACAGAAGAACCCUUGUUAGUCUGACAAUCUAGGGGGAAAACAAUCCAGAAACUAAUCCCUCCAAAAAAAAGUUCAUGGAAGUAAAAUGCUUGUCUUAUACUAUUAUUAUCUCUGCCCCGACAAACUUCUACUGCACCUUGAUCAGAUAUAUUUCGGAUUGCAUGCCUUUUUUGUCCAAUCAGAAUGCAGACAUAUAAUAUGGUCAGGUCAGUCUUCAUGUCUGGUGCUAAUGAAGACACAUUGAAUGUUUCGCGUUUAUGUUUAAAAACUGAUGUUAGGAAAGUUUUCGUUUAAAUUAUCACAGUUUGAAAGUUAAGCUUUCAGUCGAAUACAUGAAACUAUUGCAUGAACAGAAUUCCACUUUAAAAUUUAAUUUAAAAAAUCGAUUGUUGGCAUCUGAUAACAACAGCCACGUAUACAUGUUAAUGAUGUAUUGUAUUUAUAAAGAUGUAGUGAACAAAGUCCACAUUUGAAGAGUUUUGUUUCAAACAUUCAGAAUUUGUAUAAUUAUUUGUUUCGUCUUUAAUAUAUUUAACUUAUUUCUCAUCUUUCUUAUUUAAUCAGUGUCUUAUAUCACAAUUUUGUGUCAUACAACAUUUUCCCAAAUUAGACAGGUGUAUAUUCCACCAUUUAAGUGUAGCCAAGUUGGCUUUUCUGUCUGCACUCCAGGGGAUAGACAAGCUGCACCGUCUCAACCAGAAGUAAAGUUUAAUGUUAUCUGGAGCACUGGACAAUAUGCUGUUGUUGAAAUAUGUAUUUCAUAUAAUGAAAUAUUUACUUGAUCAUUAAUACCCCAUUCAGUGGUUCAACAGUGCUAAUAAAUUAAUAUUUAUUUAGACAUUGAUAUUAAGUAUUAUUAUACCUCAUCUAUAUAACAGUGUGUUGUAUUGGAUUACAUUGAUAAAAUGAUGGGAAAAUAAAACAUUGUGUUUCCCUCUUCAUCUCCAGUUUCUCAAGACACAUUUCCCUAUUUCAGAGCCUCUUUAUAGGAAAAUAAGCAAAAUUCACCACACCAGAAAAACAAUAAUAGCCCAUGCCACUCAGAGUUGAGGAUAGAAAAAUAUCUUUUAGGAAUACAAACCAGUACAUCAACUCACACUUGGAGUAAAAUGUGUGAAACAGAAAGACCAGUUCACAAAAUCGAGACAAAGUAUUUUUGAACUGGAUGAUUGAUCUAGACAAAAAAUGAAUUAGCUCACAGCAAAAUAACAUUGGGUGAAAAAGUUACCCGAGAUAAAAAGAAGGUUAUAAUCUAUUCUGAAAGUUUAAUUUUUAAAAUAAAUGUAUUUUCUAUUCUGAAAAUCUAAAAAAUUUCAAAGAUAUUAAGAAAAGAAAUCAUACAUAUCCUGGUUUCAAGAGCAUUCUUUCACUUAAGCCUUUUUUUAUAAAGAAUUAUAAUUAAGAAAUUUCCUAAACUGAAAAAAACAAAGGUUUUCCUCUACCUCAACACUGAUUUUCAGUUUUAGCUUUAGGGAUAUUUGUGAGAUAAAUGCAUAAUAAUGUUUCAAGGACAGUUGUAAUUAAUGAAGAAAUGACCAUUAAUAGACUAUCUCAUUUAUACUAAGGUCAAUUUGUGGUGUGAUGAAAAUUGGUCGGUUCAUAUUAAGGGGAGGAAAAUCAGACUAUUUGAGCUAAGAAAGGGGGUUGAGCAAAAUUGUUACGAGGAGAUGCCUAUACUUACUGUUUCAUUCAGAAUGUUAAUGUUUUAAAAUAGAUAUUUUUUUUCAUUUAUCAUUACAUGCAUUCUUGAAUUAUUUCAUCUUUUUUAUUAUUAUUAAACAUUUUUAUUUUUUCUACUUUUUUUUUAAUCAUGUUAUGCAACAAUUCUUUGUGCAAUUAUCAAAACAUAUCUUAUGUUCUCAUUUUUAAGUAUAUAAAGCAGUUAAGUCUUAAAAAUUAUAUAUACUGGUAUGUCUCAUUUUCACACCACUUUUUACUUUCGUAAAUUCCAGUUGAAUAUAUACCGACACCAUAAAAUGCUGAGCACAGUGAGAACAUGUGCUGCCUCUUAAAGUUGAUCGGUGUGUGCAUUGAUUAAUCCUAUUUGGCUGCUUACUAAUUGUUUACUAUAAACAGUCAAGAGAUGUGAUGUCUUUUAAUUUCAAAAUCGUGAUUUACAAAGCUUUGUCGUCUUACUUUUAUAAGUUGUUCAGACACAUAUCAAGCUAACCAAUAACAUGUACCUUGUCCUUUGUAUUUUUGUGUAGAAAAUAUGUAUAUAUAUGCAAAAGUAUUUAUAUGUCUAUAAGGUAUGUCUAUAAGGUACUUAUAUUUCAAGUUUCUUUCAAUAGAAAUGGUAUAUUCUCGUGUAUGACCUACUAUCAAUUCAUAUAGAACGUUAACCUUUAUAGAAGGGUCUGUGGUGUAAAGCUAGAGCUACCCCCAAUCAGCUGUAAGUUGCUGUCACAGUUGCAGAUGUAGAUCCAGGAUUGUUGAAAAGAACUAGGUAUAUAUAAAGAUCUCAAUCAUAGGGGUUUGUAUACUGGAAUUGGCAAGAACUUAUAAUGGAUAUUAGGAAGAAUGAUUUCAUAUAAACAAAAAUAAAUUUGAUACGGGCAUAUGAAAUAUUCUCCCAAAACUAGAUUUAAAAUAUAUCAUUUUGGCUGUGCUGUAUUUCUAGUACUAAUAUUACUACCUGACUAGACAUUAUCAUAGCUGCUGUACUUCAAUUAACUGUUCUGGAGAUGACUUGGACAACAAAUUCAAAAAUGAUAGAAAAUAUAUAUAGCAUUUGCUGUAUCGGGGGUCAUUGUAAAGAACUAGGGCCUGUUCUUUUAUGUUUGUUUUUAAAUGUAACCAUUUCGGGUAUGAAUUCUGGUGAACCUGCAAAUGUUUAUGCAGGCCUUGCAAGGCUUCGUCAAGCAGAUUACUAGGUCCAGCCUUAUUUGAUAAACGAACAACUGUGGUCCAACUGCUUAAACGGAAACGGCCCUAGACUGCAUAUUAUUCAUCACUAGAUCUGUCUGUAUGUCUCUCCACCAGGAGACGUUUGUUGUGUACUUCCUGUCUGUAAACCACUCAUGUACUUAGUGCUUUACAGUAGUAUACAAAGAGGGUGUUGUACAAUAAAAUCAGGAUGAAAAUUG